GUGACCAUCUACACGGACCACGGAAGUGGCAGUGACAGCGACUUCGACCUGCCAAAGCCGCAGGAGCCGAGCUACGUGCAAUAUGCCACCGAGCGUCGCGCCCGCAGUCCUCAAAAAGAUGGCAGAGCUGAAGAGGAGGAGGUGCCAGCAAAAUCUGCAGAGCCUGCACAAUCGGAUGCCCUGGCGGAAGCUGAGACGGAGGACGACAGCUUUGACGAAGCAUCAGAUCAGGCCUCGGUGGAAGAAGCCCAUGAGCUGCUUCGAGAGGGCUGGGCAGAAGAUGAGUCCAUGCAGCUCGUGGUCCGCCGGGGCGACGGUGAUGCUCUCUGCUCACGGAGCCUUCCUCUCUAUGUAGGCUUCAAGCGGCGCUAUCGUGGUCCGUACGAGGACCUGGAGGACGAGGAUUUCAGGGAAGCCUUCGAAGAGCAGCCGACGCAGGAGAUCGACGAGCGCUGCUGGGCCUACCUCGAGCAUCGCUUCGAGGCAUUGGCCAUAAAGCGCCAAGAGCGGCGCGCGCGGCGCGCGCGCGUGACAGCUCUUCGAGCUCAGUUGGACGAGGAGGCUCGCCUCGCUGCCGACGUUGCCGGAAAGCGCCCGCGGUUACGGCGAGUACCUGUGGAUCACGCUCAGCGCCUUCAGCGCCUCAUUCAGUCUGUGGUGCAGAGCAAUUUCGCCGCCAAAGUCCUGGCCAAGUUCCGGGAGUUCAUCUUCCCGGUCAGCGAUUGCUUCCAGGUGAUGAUGCAGUGCAUCGAGGAUCCGCUCUUCAUCGAGACGCUGCGGCGCUUCGAGCGGGAGCACUGCCGGGAGUUUGAGGAACAGGAGGAGAACAAGCUGUCCUACACCAUCAUCCACCAGCAGUACAUCAAGCUGAUCGAGAUGUGGAUCGAGGGGCGUAUGGCGCAAGUCAUCGAGGGAUUUAGCAUGGAGGCCUUCCUCCCAGAGCUCAACGCCUUCCUGCAGGCCGGUGGAGCGGAUCACCACGAUGCCAGGAAGGCCGUGGAGAUCUUGAAUCCGGCCUGGGACUUCCUCACUUUCAAGGAGAUGAUGUUGGAUGCCAGCAAGCGCAUCUUCUUUGCGAUCGACUUCUGA